GCGCUGGUAGCGUCCUCUCCUUGAUCGUCCCUCUUGCCUCCCCGGACAGCCAGCGUGUCAUUUUUCUACCCUACGCUCCGCCCAGCAUUUGGAUCGUUGCAGCGCUUCGACCAAUUGUUUAUAACAACCACCACCGUCGUUCUACCACUCGCAUCAUCAACCGAAUACCACACCGCACAGCAUGGCCAGAGACAGACUCGCAGCACUGAGGGCUCAGCAGGGAGGCGGCUUCGACAACAAUUCAUACCCCACCCAAAAUUCCGGAAAUAAUGGAGGAGGCUACGGCGGCGGUCGUCGACAGAAUCCUUAUGCUCAGCAAGACGAUAACCCGAGCUAUGAGAUGUCGGAUGUCAAGGACAGCACAACAAACUUGACGGCGGGCAUGGCUACCAUGGGUGGGGACUCCAUGAACGCUUUCUACGACGAGAUUGCGUCCAUUCAAGACAGCAUCAAGGCGUUCAAUGACAGCAUUUCGCGGAUAUCAGACUUGCACUCGCGCUCGCUCAAUAACAUGGAUGACGCUGCUGCGGAACGCAACGCUCAGCAACAGGAGGAUUUGGUGGCCGAGACUAGCUCGCUGAGUAACAUGCUCAAGCGGAGGAUCAAGGCGCUCGAGAGGCAAGGAGGGUCAGGGCGUGAUGGCCAAAUUAAGAAGCAGCAGACUGGUUUGGUGAAGUCGAAGUUUGUGGAGGCUAUUCAAAGCUACCAGCAAGUCGAGCAGCAGUACAGGCAAAAAUAUAAGCAACGGAUGGAGCGGCAAUACAAGAUUGUCAAGCCGGAUGCUACACCUGAAGAAGUCAAGGCCGUCGUUGAUGAUGAUCAGGGUGGUCAGGUGUUCUCUCAAGCACUCAUGAACUCCAACCGUUAUGGCGAGUCCCGUGCUGCUUACCGUGAGGUUCAAGAGCGACACGAAGAUAUUAAGCGUAUUGAGCGUACACUCGGAGAACUCGCACAGCUGUUCAAUGACAUGAGCAUCCUCGUCGAGCAACAGGAUGAGCAGAUCAACGUCAUUGAGACACAAGCAGCUGGCGUUGAGGUGGAUACAGAAGUAGGUCUUGGUUACACCGAAAAAGCCGUCGUCUCCGCACGCGCCGCACGGAAAAAGCGCUGGAUUUGCGCCGUUAUCAUCCUCAUCGUGCUCAUCAUCGUCGGCGUCAUCGUUGGUAUCGAAGUCAGCAAGGCCGUCGGCAAGAGCUCCAGCACCUCAGGUUCGGGCACUACCACCACCACUUCCUGAGCGGUGCCACUAGGUCCACACCUCUCUCAGCCUUUCUUGCCUUUCUGCUUUCUUAUUGGACGGCCAUCUUUCGUGAUUUUUUCCAUACUUCCUCGUCUUUCUCUCUUGCCAAGGACGCUCUUCCCCAUUUAUUUAGCAUCUCGUCGACUUCCUCUUCGUUCAUUGUCCACUCGUUGCCUAGCCCUCACUCACACAGUCGCUCCUUUCCUCGCACUUCGUCUCGCGCCCUUUUCACAGCCCCUCGAUAUGUCUCAAGACUCUCACUCUCCAUUUCAGCCCAUAUCGCUAUCGUCGUCAGCUUUAAUAUCUCCAUUCGUAUUAGCUAUGGUCUGUCUUCUGGUAAGUACAUAUUCGAGCGAGCGCCGACACCGCGGCGGACGACAUACCCUUCUUGGAUACCCUACGAACAUUUCAUUGGAAUCAAUACAUCGUGGGGACUACACAUUAUUUAUUUUCACCAGGG